AUGGACAAAAAAGCAACUGCGCUUCUGAAGCUGAUAUACCUGGAAAUGUUCGGAUAUGAUAUGUCAUGGGCAGCAUUUCACGUUCUGGAGGUGAUGUCAUCUCAAAAAUAUCUUGAGAAGCGAGUAGGAUAUCUAGGAGCUGCUCAGAGCUUCCAUUCAGACACAGAAAUUUUGAUGUUAGCUACAAACCUGUUGAAAAAGGAUAUGAUCUCUCCGCUUGUACCAACAAUGACCUUACCACUCUUAGUUCUCCCUCACAUUAUCUCACCAUCGUUAGCCUUAUCUCUCCUAUCAGAUUUGACACCACGCCUAUCUCACUCUCAUUCGUCUGUACGUAAAAAGGCAGUGGUGAACCUCUAUCGACUCUCUCUCGUUUACCCAGAGGCAUUUCACCUAGCAUGGCCAAGGAUCCAAGAGCGCUUAAUGGACGAGCAAGAGGACGAUAGUGUCACUGCAUCUGUGAUCAAUGUUGUCUGUGAACUUGGCUGGAGACGACCGCGGGAUUUCCUGCAACUUGCGCCAAGGUUGUUUGGUUUACUAGUAGAUGGCGGGAACAACUGGAUGGCAAUAAAAGUUCUUAAACUUUUUACAUUCUUAACGCCUUUGGAACCACGACUGGUCCACAAACUUAUCCGUCCUUUGACAUUAAUCAUUAAAACAACUUGUGCCAUGUCUCUACUGUAUGAAUCUAUCAAUGGAGUUAUUCAGGGAGGGAUCCUUGAAAAUUCCGAAAGUGAAGGAGAGUCCAUUGCACACUUAUGUGUAGAAAAGCUCAGUGGAAUGUUAUUUUUGGAAGGAGACCCAAAUUUAAAAUAUGUUUCCCUCCUCGCCUUCAACAGAAUCAUACUUUCAUAUCCAAUGUUAGUUUCACAGCAACAAACCCUGAUUAUGGAUUGCCUUGGUGACAAGGAUAUUUCAAUACGACUACAGGCUUUGGAACUUAUCUCUGGAAUGAUCACCACCGAUAACCUGCAAUAUGUUGUGGGCCAACUUAUUACACAGCUUCAAAAGUCACCCAUUGAGGAAGUUGUGGCAAAAGAUUUUCUAAUGGAAACCAAACCAGUAGGAGAUGCUUAUGAUCAACAUAUCCCGGAAUCAUUGCAAGUAAACAAAAAGCAGAGCCAUACUAUUUUUCUUCCAAAUGACUACCAAGUGGAGGUUUUAAAUCGGAUCCUAGAUAUGUGCUCAAGGAGUACGUAUUCGUUCAUACUGGAUUUUGAGUGGUAUCUCGACGUCCUAGUACAGCUAGUGCAGUUAGUUCCCGCGUCCAGCUCGCCGCUCAGGGUCUCAACAGUGGCAUCGGUAGAGUCCGAGGACCGACUGGAGAGGUGCGCUUCUCGAAUUGGCUUCGAGCUGCGCAAUGUCGCCGUUCGAGUAAAAGGUAUAAGAAGUGAAGCCGUGCAUGCCGCGGAGUCCCUGAUAUCAAUGGAUAAUCGGGAAAUAUUGUUUCCAGCCAAUUCACAGUCCAGAGUUCCAGUGUUAGAAUACGCCUCUUGGAUAGUCGGGGAGUUUUCUGAGUAUCUCGCUAGCCCAGAACAAUCUCUGUCAUCUUUAAUUUACCCGGCAAACGUGAAACUAUCCCCAAAGGUGAUAUCUUCUUACAUUCAAGCUAUCCCUAAAGUGCUUGUUCAUUUAGCAAGAAACAACCAAUGCUCCGCCAAACAAACUGAGAUACAACUUACCAAGAUACUGGAUUUUUUGAAGAAUCUGUCCCUGCAUUCCGACCUUGAUAUUCAAGAGCGGGCGACUGGUUUCCUAGAGCUUUUCAACUUGACUGCCGAAGCACUUUCGCAAGAAACUGCUGGGAAACCACCUCUGUUAUUAUCUUCCGCGAUUCCAACCCUCUUCUCUGGCUUGGAUCUUAAUCCCGUUGCGAUGAGUGCUCAAAAAAAGGUACCAGUCCCUGAAGAUCUGAAGUUGUAUACACCUAUCAACCCCAGAUUAGCGUUUCUGCUUGAGCAGUCCCAAGAUAUCACCUUGGAUUCAUUAUCUAAGACGGAGAUAAAUGUCUUUUACUACGAGAUGCCACCCGUGGGCGACAACUCGUUUCCCAAGGAAAUUUUAUCGCCAUACCCAGCCGCUAGCUCGCCGUCUUAUCAGAACAUAAAAGAUGACACCCUUACUUUGGACGCGAUAACUAAACGACGAGCGGAGCGGCGAGAACAAAACAAAGAAGAACCUUUCUAUAUUGGAAUCGACAGUCCGGGUAACUCAUCCACCCCAGUACCCGCAACCAAUAGCGAAGACUUGGACCUCGACUCCAUUCCAAUAAUUGAUUUAGCAAUUAACAAGCGUAACAUACCUGGGACUACAAAGUUACGCCCAAACAACAGCGACAACCAAAGGAGGUUUGAAAUUAUUGGUGAUGAAACUAUAGAUGUUAUGAAUGGUCAAUCAACAUCCUGUCCACCGCUCAAGGCAGGGACGAAAACUGGGAAACCAAUGGUUGACAUUAAUUUCGGGUCUGUCAAUGGCCCUUUACCCAAAGGCCGCAAUCCUAGUGUCUUAACUGAAGAGCACGAGAUGGCAAAAGCAAUAGAGAAGGUUGAGCAAUUUCGAUUGAAAAUGCAGCGGACCACCGAGCAAAUACACGUCGUAGACGACGUCCCGCCAGAAGGCGCAUUAGUAAAGAGGAAGAAGAAAAAGAGAGUUAAGCUCACCAACGUAGAUGCUGGUCAUGCUAACGAAAUAUCUAUCAAGGUUAACAAAGAAACCUGA